AUGGUAGACAAAAAAGUAACUUGGCUAGGAAGAUAUAGAGUGGCCACCGCAUUGACAUUAGGAGUCUUAGAGCUUGCGUAUGUGAUCGCAUUGACGCUAGUUUUAUUAUCAAAUGAAAAUGAUUGUGAUAUGCCGAUACGACUUUGGCUUCAAGUUUUAUUAUCUGUCUUCUGCUUUCAUUUGAUUUUAUUAGUCAUUUCUGAAAUCAGCACUCCACAUUGUCCUUAUUAUUUAUCAAGCUUGCUAAUCUUCCUUCUUCCAUGAGCGAACAAAACAUUGAAAAAAUCGUAUUUUUUUGGAAAUUAACCCUCUCUGAGGGAGCUAAAAAGUAUUUUAUAUAAGUAUUCGAAAUAUACGUGAUUAUUAUAAUAUAAUCUUGAGCUACUUCUAUUAAAUUUAGGCAGCUUGCAUUGUAAAAUAUUAAUCUUAUUUUUUUUUCUCUAAAUUUUAGUUGAAAAAAAAAACUAAUAUAAAAUUUUAAUUUUCCUUGUUCUCAGAAGGAGAGUAAGUGUAUUCUCAGCUUCUUUAAAUGCAAUAUUAGGGACUUUUAUGGUUGUGUGGCUUAUUUUAGGGAAUAUUUGGUAUUAUAGUGUCAACGAUUCUUGUAAAACAGACUUUUAUGAAGGAUAUAUGGCGACAUUUGUGAUUUUAGUUGUUUAUUAUGUAUUUCUGGCAUCAGCAUGCUGUAUGGGAUGCUUGUUGAUAAUAAUGAUUAGUCUUGGGAGUGGGAUUACCAAUAAAGCUGCUGAUUAUUAA